GUAGCCACCGGGAAUUGAUUGCCUCUGACCCUAACGUUCACUCCGUACGCUACACACGCCGCAGAGAAGGUGACGUGGACAGCUCAUUAGAAAAUACAACUGUGUCGUUAGAGUCAGCAUUUAUUGAAAGUGGAAGACAGUACAGCAUCAUAUCUUCUAGUGAUUUCCUACAAAGUUUUAAAGACUGGCAUUGUUUUGACGAUGAGCAAGAUUCUCUGUGUGAGUCAAGUGGUCUGGAAAUAGAAGAAAAUGCAAUUAAUUGUUCUGAGACUGCAGUUCAAAAUACAGCUAUAUAUGGGGAAACAGGCAGCACCUCGCCAUCCCAUUUGGCUGUAAAUACACAAGAAAACAGUGACCAAAAUAUUACCAGGGGUUUGAUAAAGAAAAUUGUGAGUGGAACUGAUGCUCAAGCAUGCAAUAGUCAAGGCUUAAUACCAUCUCACAUCAGUCAAAUUUAUGAUGAAUUAUUUGUCAUACAUCAGAAGCUCCAGAGAGAGAGUUCAGCACAGCAGGAGUAUGCUCUACAGCUCCAGAAACGAGAGCGUUUUCUGACAGAGCGAGAAGCACUGCUUUUUAGACAUGAAGCAGCUAUGGCUAAAAUAAGAGGUGUUGAGGAAAAAGUGCACGCAACAUUUGGAAAUAUAAAAGAGCAACAUGACGCAGAAGUUAAACAGCUGACAGAAGCCUUGAGAGAAAUAACUAAAGAAAAUAGAAGACUGAAGUCGUCUUUUGAUACCUUGAAGGAAAUGAACGAUUCUUUAAGAAAACAGUUAAAUGAUGUAACCGAGCUGAACAAGAAGCUGGAAGGUCAAGCAAGGAAAGUACAAGCUCGCUUAGAGAAUCUGCAAAGGAAGCAUGAAUUUUUAAUGGUACAGAAGUCUAAGAAUAUAUGUCAAGUGGUGCAACAAAGUAAACCUGUCAAGAAGGAAAAAGUGAUGGUAACGUCAAAAAUUACUAAGCUUCCUUUGAAUUCGCAAGUUUAUGAGUGUUUAACUUCCCUUAUGGAUUGGAUCUCAGACCAGCACCUUAGCAAAAUAACAAUACAAGAAGAGCGAGCGGACAGGGGUAAACUUCUGGUCACCCAGACUUCCAAAAAAACCUGCACCCAGGAAAGGUGCAUGAAGCUUUUGCCUAUAGCUGCUGAGCAACUCCAGUGGAUGCCAUUUGUGAAUCCUAAUCUACACAUGCCUGUGAUUAAAUUUAUUUACUGGUCUAUAAGACAGCUAGACAGUGGUAUUCAGCACGCAACAAUGACAUCAACAAUGAGGAGACUUGGAGAAGAUAUUUUCCAAGGCGUAGUAAGUAAGAGAAACCCACAUGGUUCUUCUGAAGAGUCUACAGAGAGUAAAUCAAAAUCGAUAGCUUUCUUUAAGAGUUCCUGCAUGCCUUUGAGGUUUCUGUCAACUUUAAUUGUGCUUAAAACAGUGACUCAAGUGGAUUACCUGGCUCAGGCGUUUAAUUCCCUUCGCAUAGACUUGAAGACAGAUGAAGGGAAGGCCUUAUUUUUGGAAUACCGAUGUGUGCCGGUCAUAUUAAGUCACUUAAAAGUCUCCAGUAGAGGUCUGCUUUCCAGUGCUCUUGAUGGAUUACUUGAGAUGACCAUGGAAUCUG